AUGACCAUCCUUGCUGGGUUUCACGAAGAGGUUGCCCGUAUACUCGACGAGGCCGGUGUGCCUAGUGUUCUUGUACGCGAAUGGUUGUUGAGAACAUAUGCAAUUGAUAGUUGGCCACAGCACUCCUGCUGGGUGAUCGCGGACGACCUGAUGGAAAGGGCAUGCGAGGCCCUGUGCUCCAAUGGGUUUUUGGUCUACCCUCGGUUGCCUGAAGACAAGAUCUUUCUGGGUGGACGUUGGCGGGAGAGUUCUUAUCCUGUCAAAAUCCCCACGCUGCCGCGGUUUGUCGAGGCCAUGUUCCAGAUAACGCUGCGGAAUAUUAGAAAACUUAGUAACCGGUUGCUGUCCGUUUGGACAGCUGAUCUCAACUCGAUUGCAGGGUAUCCCGCGUAUUGCCGGAAGAUGGGGGUGGAGAACACGCUUCUGCCCAACUGUGAUGAUAUCAAACCGCCGGCUCGUCGUUAUAUGGAGCUUUGUAUCGAAGAGGACCUCAAGGGGCCACCGCGGUAUAGAGAGCUUUCCGCGGGGGAAAUGUUCACCGAUCCAUGCAAGGUCUAUGUGGAAAUGAUAGCCCGCACGAAAGCUGACUGCUAA